UUAGUUUUAUGUUUCAGAUACUCAUUCUCACAUACUUUGGUCAAAUUAUGCACAUUUAAUACUCGUUUGAUCAAAUUUUUUUUUACUCAAGUAGCUUAGUAAUACUUGUGUCUACUAGGAGUACUAAUGUGUCACUAGAAAACUGCAACACUUAUAGGAAGAGUAAUAGGACUAAUUCGAGAUAGUUUUAUGAGUUGCAGAAUGGCUUUUGAAGUGUUUUGUGUUUGGUAUGUAGGUGGUACAGUUAGUCUGUGAGAGGAAGCUGUAGCUGUGUGGAGUGGGAUCCUGGCAUAAAAAUUAAUUCUUACAGACUCACUGCCAGCUGAUUAGUGUACAUCUUAAUUUUAGCCAUCUGAUACUCUUCUCUUUUUCAUUUGGAAAUAUUUUUAAUUUGAUGCUCAGAUCUACCCUUUCAACUGGAUUUUGAAAUUUUGAUCUCUUUAGUAGACACCUUUGGGAUCUGGUUGCAAUAAAAGAUGUACUAACUGACCAACAAACUUAAGUUGAAGAGAUAGAAAUCUUAGAAUAUGUUGGGAACCCAUGGUUUCUACUUAUUAUGAACUGUAAUUUCUUCUCCUGACAUAUGCGACUGCAUUCCCUACAAUAAUAGAGGAGGGAAGACAACAAUCAGCAGUUGGUAAUUCUAGAUGUGAACUUGUGACGGAAAGUAGUGGUCGGGAUACUCUCUGUUUCACAAUGAAGUUAAAUCUUCUUUGCUUAACACAUCUAUUCUAAUAUUUAAUAGCAGGGAGGUUUAAGUGUCACGUGGCCUCCUCCUGAUUUUACAGAUUUAUUUUUAAUUUUUAAUUUUUUUUAAUUGGAAGCCUUGCGACAAAAAAAAAAAAAGAAGGCCAACCGACACCUUCUUCUUCAACUCUCCAACAACUCUCUCCUCCAACUUAUACAUCGUUCAUCAAUUCAAUCACCGAUUUCUUUUAAGCUUAAAACAUCAAUUUAAUCAUCCCGAUCUGCAGUAAAACUAUAUCAAAUCACAAAAAAAAAUUCCAAAAAAAUAAAGAUCUGCUGUGAUACAUCUCCGUAAUUUCCUUUCCUCUACCAACACUGCUCAACAUCAACUAUGGUUUUCUGUUGGAAUCGUCUCCUUAUAUGUUCGAUUUUCUAUUUCAAUGGUGAUAUUAAUUCGGGUUUCGAUUAACCCAAUUAUUUUUCUGGGUUCGAUGUUCAUAAUUGUGAACAAAUUCGUUCCAAUUCAUCUUCGAUCACGAGCUUCACAAAUUAAUUAACUAUGGUUUUUUGUUCGAAUCAUCUCCGUAUAUGUUCGAUUCCUAUUUCAAUGGUGAUAUUAAAUCGGGUUUCGAUUGACCCAACUACUUUUCUGGGUUUCGCUGUUCAUAAUGGUGAACAAAUUCGUUCCAAUUCAUCUUCACGAGCUUCACGGAUUAAUUCCAACAAUCGAAUUCAUUUUGAUGUGGCCGAGGUUAGAAUCGAUCAUCAAAGUUACUUUUGAUUUUUCAUGGAGGAUUGCUUUAAUUCGACAGGCAGCUCUGUUUUACUUCAAUGGUAGCUUCACAGGUAAAUUCUCUCAUACUAAUUUUUUUAAAAAAAAAUUAAGAGGAAACUGAUAUGUAUUAAGUGGGUAAGAUUCGUUAUAUUUUUCCUAUUUUCUAUCAUUAAAAAAAAAUAAAAAAAAUUAAAACGGAAUGUAGCGAUUCAAUUGGUAACCGCUUAUCUGAACUUUCUCAAAAAAAUAAUCUUAUAUAAGGUUGAAUGCUAGAAACCGAAUACAUAAGAAAUAAGAAAUUGGUCCCAAUUGGUUUCAAAAUAAAUGAAUCAUUGUAGUGUUUAUCGUAGUCGACUUUCUACCUUUUUUAAUUCUAUUUCGAAAUGAAUCGUUGUAGUGUACAUCGCAGUGGAGUUUCUACCGUUUUUAAUUCUAUUUCGGCAUUUGCAACAAGGUAGGAAUUUAUCUGGGUUGCAGGAAUUACAAGUAUCUUUUUAGGAAUUGCAAAUAUAAUCCAUCAGAUGGAGGAACACCCAAUGAAUCCUUACAGUCUAAGAUGGUCAUACGGACAGACCAUGGUUGAAUAUUUAACAACACUAAUAGAAACAUGCAACUUUUGGGGAAUAGUUAUCAUUGGAGGAAAUAACAAUUUCACCACCGGACCAAGAAGAGUUGAUGUUGUAUUGAAAACAGUUCCAGACCUAGAGCCUUGGAUCCCGGCCGAUUAAAGAAAAGUAUAGCGACGUAUUAACCAAUGGCGGAGAUAUACACCCAACUAAAUUCAAAUAUUAUGGGAUUUCUUACCUUGACGCUGAUUUCAUGGGAACAUAUCUAAUAGAAAAAUUGGCCGAAUGGGAACAAAAUCAAGACAACGAAAUGGGAGAAGUAAUCAACAUUGAAGCAUCUUAAUGGAAUAAUAUACAAAUUGGAAGCUAAGAUGUUUAUAGAUAUAUAUGUAUUUAGAUAUAUAGCCUAGCUUAAGUUGUAUAUUUGUGAAGUAGUCCCACAUUAUUUUCUUCAUGCAAUUAUUAAAUAUGCAUAUAGACAACCUAACAUAGGUUGUAUUUCUUUAUUUACUGCUAAUUUAAUGUAUAAAAUAAUUGUUAUGUGUUUAUGAUAAAAUAUUGUUAAUUCGGUCUAUUUUUUACGAAUUACAUGAGUAUUUUAUAUAUGAAUUACAUGUGUAUUUUAUAAUCUAAUAAUCACAUUUGCAUAAUGUUUGUCACUCUUUUUGCGUUCUAAUUAUAAUAUAAGGUUUUUUACAAAGUUAAAUGUCCUAAAAAAAUCACAAAUCUUAAAAUAGCUGCAAUAUGAUAAAAACAUUGACGGAUUAUAGGCAUAAUAACUAAUGAAUCAACAAUUCAAAUAUUCACAACUAAAUUGUUUACUUAAUCUUUCUUAUUACUUUAUUUGCCACAUAAUUCAAUAACUUAAGGAUGGACAAAGUAAACAAAGCAAAGCAAGCUCGGUUCUUAAGGAAGUGCAUUAUGAAACAAAGAAGGAAUUAAAAAAGGAAUCUUCAAAACCAAUCUGAGUAACCAACAACUUCUCAUUUAAUAGAGAAUAUUGGUAAGAAAAAAAUUAACAUUCAUUAUCAUGUUUUAAUUAAAUUCAUAAAUAAUUUAAACAAACUUGUUCUAACAAAGAAUUAAAAAAUAAUUAAUAGGAAAUGAGACAACAUCACACAUGAAUAUUGAUUUUUUAAUAACGUAAAUAAACUUAUAAUCAUACUAUCUACUAACAAAACAAAUAAUUAAUCAGUUUAUAUAAACUCCUUCUUUCUUAAGGAAAAUACACUGAGGUGUGGAACUUUGGCAAACCAACGCAUACGUGCAGCGAUUGUGGAGCAAUUAUGUGGUUUGAGGAGCGUGCCAAAAAGGAUUCAAACAACAGUCUAACAAAAUUUUCAAUCUGUUGUAGAAAGGGAAAAAUUAAGUUACCUCUUUUACAAAACCCUCCAAUAUAUCUACAACAACUCCUCCAAAGUGAAGGUCCACAACUCAAAAAGCUUAAAGAACAAUCUAGGAUGUUAAACUCCAUAUUUGCAUUAACGUCAAUGGGAGGAAAGGUAUAGAAUCAAUCAAGGAAAUUCACCAUAUGUGUUUAGAUUGAAUGGCCAAAAUCACCACAAGAUAGGAUCAUUACUACCACAAAUCGGUGAACGACGAAGAUUCACACAAUUAUACAUUUAUGAUACGGAAAAUGAAAUUUCAAACAGAAUUAACAGUUUGGGCAACAAUGGACAACACUCAAAUUUAAAUCCAGAUAUUGUUGACGGUCUGUCAAAGAUGUUUGACGAACACAAUGAAUUAACUAAGGCUUUCUGAAUGGCAAGAGAGAGGUUUGAAGCAAAUGAUCUUCAACCAGUCCGCCUUAGAUUGAUUGGCACCAGACAAAAAGAUGGUAGACAAUAUAACCUACCAACAUCAUCAGAAGUUGCUGCCCUAAUUAUUGGUAAUGGUGACAAUGAAAAAGGCCACCGUGAUGUAAUUGUGGAACACCGAUCAGAAGGCCUAAAAAGAAUAUCAGAGUUGCACCCUAGCUUUAUGGCCAUGCAAUACCCAAUAUUAUUUCCAUACGGUGAAGAUGGAUUCCGAACAAAUAUUCCUCAUGCCGAUCAAGAAACAACAACAAGGGCUAGGAAAAUGGUAACGAUUAGAGAAUACUAUGCAUUUCGUUUCCAAUAAAGACGUCGUGAGUCUAUAUCAAGAUUUAAACUUGGAAGAUUAAAUCAACAAUAUUAAGUUGAUGCAUUUACAUGCUUACAAGAGUCACGAUUAGAAUGGGUUAGGGGAAACCAAAAAUCAAUAAGAAAGGAAAUGUUGCGAGGACUUGCAGAUGUAGUUUCGCGUGGUGACACAACCCCUUCAUCUAUAGGACAACGCAUAGUGUUACCUUCAUCUUUCACAGGAAGUCCAAGAUAUAUGUUGCAAAACUAUCAUGAUGCACUAGCAAUUUGUAAAUGGGCUGGCCCGCCGGAUAUAUUUGUCACGUUCACUUGCAACCCAAAUUGGCAAGAGAUCAUUAAAUUUUUGACAAUAAUUUCUGGUCAAAGGCCAGAAGAUCGGCCUGAUAUUAUAGCUCGAGUGUUUAAAAUAAAACUUGAAGAGCUAAUGGAAGACCUAAAAGAUAGAGUCCAUUUUGGAGAAGCCAAAGCAGCAAUAUACACAAUAGAGUUUCAAAAAAGAGGAUUACCCCAUGCACACAUUUUAUUGUUCUUGAAUGAAGAAGAUAAACCAAGGACAUCCGAAGACAUUGAUAGAAUAAUCAGUGCAGAACUGCCAGAUCCUGAAAAAAACCCAGAUGCAUUUAAAGCCGUGGUUCAACACAUGAUUCAUGGUCCUUGUAGGGUGAUAAACCAACGAUCUUCAUGCAUGCAAGAAGGAAAGUGUACAAAGUACUACCCUGAAGAGUUCACAAAUAAAACAAGUAUUGGUGAAGAUGGUUACCCAGUCUAUAGAAGAAUAGAUAAUGGGAGAACUGCUGUCAAGAAUGGAAAUGGAAAUGUCAUUGACAACUCUAACAUUGUACCAUACAAUAUUGAUUUGCUCAUGAAAUAUGAUGCUCAUAUGAAUGUGGAGUUAUGCAACAAAUAUAACACUACAAAGUAUCUCUUCAAGUACAUGAACAAAGGUCCUGACGUGGUAGUUGCAUCAGUUAAGCAAACAAACGUUGAUGGGGUUCCGGUUCCUGAAAAUGAAAUAACUGUUGGUGAGAUACAAUCUUACCUCAAAUGUAGAUAUGUAUCGGCAGCUGAAGCAUGUUGGAGAAUAUUUGGAUUUGAAAUCCAAUAUAAAUAUCCCCCCAUAGAAAGGUUGAGUUAUCAUUUGGAAAAUGAACAACCAAUUGUGUUUGAAGAUCAUGAACAUUUAGAUGGUGUGUUGGAACGAGUAGGAGAAGCAAGAACUCCAUUUACACAGUGGAUGGAAAUUAAUAAAAUUAGUGCUAAAGCACGUGAGCUUACUUACGAUGAAUUCCCAACAGAAUGGGUUUGGUUACGUGACGAAAAAAGGUGGAAGCCACGGACAUUAGGAACCAAAAUUGGAAGGAUCUAUUAUGCGCACCCGACCUCUAGGGAACAAUACUACUUGAGAAUGCUUCUCAACAAAGUAAGGAUCCACCAGCUUUGCAAAAAUUAG